AUGGAAGAAAUCGUGCCGGAGAAAGAAUGCGACCAGCCACUCACUCCGGCUGGCCGGUUAUUCCUCCAGCCAAACAUCAACCAGAUCAUCCACUGUGUCAUUGGCGUUCAAAACCCGAUUGACAUUGACGCCGUAAAAGCCGAAAUCGCCAGCUCCGUAAUGCUGAAGCACCCCAGGUUCUCCAGCCUCCUUGUCGUUGACCGGCGUGGCCGUGAGCACUGGAGAAGGACCCAAGUCAACGUUGAUCAGCACGUGAUUGUCCUCCCCGAUUCCCUCACCCGCGGCGACGGGUCAAUCCCGGAAGAAGACGCCGUCAACGACUACUUAGCUGACCUUUCCGUUUCCACUCCACUCAGCACGGACAAGCCCUUGUGGGAAAUCCAUCUUUUAAUGGCCCACAACUGCGGCAUUUUCCGACUACACCACGCGCUCGGAGAUGGGAUUUCUUUGAUGUCCACAUUACUAUCUUGUUGCCGGAGAGCAGACGAUCCAACUCGCUCGCCAACCUUCGACGGCGUUGGCGGGCGGCAGCAGGGCAGUACGAUUAGGUGGAGCUUUUGCCGGAUAAUUAAGAUGAUUUGGUAUACUCUGAUCUUUGUGAUGGAGCUCAUACUGAGGAGCUUGUGGUUAAAGGACAAGAAGACCGCCAUUAGCGGCGGAGAUGGAGUGGAGCUCUGGCCUAGGAAGUUAGUCACCGCCAAGUUCCGAAUUGAUGAUAUGAAGACUGUCAAAAGAGCCGUUGCUAACGCGACUAUAAAUGAUGUCCUUUUUGGAGUUAUCUCAUGUGGAAUUUCCAGAUACUUGGAUGUCCAGUCAACAGAAGCCAAAGAUCUGAAAGAAGGGGUUCAGAUCACAGGAAUUGCUAUGGUAAAUUUAAGACCACAGCCUGGGCUGCAGAAAGUAUUGGAAAGCAAAAGAGACACCUGGUUUGGUAACCAGUUUGGUAUGAUAGCAUUACCUAUUUAUUACCACAAAGGCGGUUCUGAUCCUCUCCAGUUUGUGAGGAGAGCUAAAGCGAUGAUUGACAAGAAAAAACUAUCGCUGGAGGCACUCUUCUCAUACAAAAUCGGCGACCUAGUUAUGUCUUGUUUUGGACCAAAGAUGGCUAGCUGUCUGAAUUACCGGAUAAUAAGCAACACGACAUUCACCAUCUCAAACGUGAUUGGUCCUCGCGAGGAGAUCACAAUUGUUGGGAAUCCAGUGACUUACCUGAGGGUGAAUUCAACUAGCCUGCCUCAUGCAAUCACAAUGCACAUGGUGAGUUAUGCUGGGAAGGCUGAUCUACAGAUACUGGCAGCAAAAGACAUCGUGCUCGAUCCAAAACUUCUCGCCAAAUGUUUCGAAGAUGCUCUGUGCGACAUGAAGAAUGCUGCGGAAGCUGAACAUAGCAGUAGAUAG